CCAUUCUUGGUUAUCACAAAUUUAGUAAAAGGAUGUAAAACAUGUAGAAGAUUCUAGCCACGAAACACAACGGGGAGCCUUUGUUUACCAAAAGCCAAUUCCAAGUCCUGUUUUUGUUACCAAAGGGGUGUUUUUACUAUUUAUGAUUGCUUGCGUUAUUUCCUUUUAUCAGUUACAAUGUCGAUAUUCAUAUGCAAAAGUCGAGAUUUCUUUUCUGAAAUUCAGUGUAACCACGGCAAAGAAAACGUUUUCCUCUAGAGGCUUGGUUUUUCUAGGUCAUGUUCCUUUCUGAAGUGGUUCAAGGAUAUAAUCAGAGCGAAAUCUUUCACUUUCAAAGACCGAAAAUGGAUCCAAUAUCGUAUUUAAUGUAACAGAUUCCAAAUAAGGUUACUUGAGGUUUCUGAAAACAAUAAGAAGGUCUAAAAAUACAUUUAUUCUUCCGCUUUCUUUGUGAAUUUUUAAGGGAUUCUUUUAAUCAAAUAUCAGCCAUAUUUUAUCUAAUUUCUUUUCUGCCCCAAAAAAUUCAGCGCAUUUAUGUUUUCCGAUGAAAAGAUCGGCAAACUUCUAUGUGGGCGUUUAAACACAGUUAUCUGUCACCGUUACUGAAUCAAAGGCUAUUGUAAUAAACUUAUUGUAGAUGAAUGCAUACACAAAGCAUUUCAAGCAACUGAAAAAAUAACCAAGACAAAUCGAUGCCGGCUUGCAUUAUUGCAAAAAAAUUAUGUUUCCAUUCGCUUGUCGCGUGCUUUUAGAUAGGUAAAAGUUGCUUGGUUACUGCAUUCACUACUAUCAAUACCAGAUUGUAAGAAAUUGCUAAGAUGAGUUUUAAAAUGCCAUCAAAGAUAUUUUAAUCAUAGCUAUUCCUGGAUCGGAACUCACUUAAAAUUGUGGUUUUUUAAAGUGAAAAAAGCUUUAAAUAUUUAAAAAUAGGUGCGGCACCGUUUAUCAUUUAAAUUCUGUUUUCCAGCUGCAAAAACAACGGCGUGGGGGCCUGUCUUAAGCUUAUAAGAUGACUACGCACGAUUCCUUUUCUUCUGUUGCCUCGGAUUUUUCCUCUUCAGCGAAGCCGACCAAAGACCAGUACUAUUAAAACAAUGAAAAGGAAGUUAGUUCCUAAUAAAAUCAAAUGAAGAAGGCCACGCAAUAACGUUUGAGAAAUAAUAAUAACGUUUCGCAAUGGCAGUGUAAAUAAAUUCUUGCGAUAAAAAAGUCACAUUUGCAUAAUGCAUGUACAUGGCCAUUUUUCGGCUGGAUUCAAUUUUGUGUCAAGAUCACAUCGUCGGUUAGUAUGAAAGAAUUAAAAAAAUACUCUGUUGAUUUAAUUCGAUUUUGCCUUACAGCUCAAGCAAAACAAAACAAUGGCAAUGUUUAUUCAUCGCCAAAGAUAAAUUGUUGAUCCAGUAUCUUUUGAACGUGUUUUGCCCUGAAACGCAGUGCCAAUGAAAACCGCGAAAAACCUUGAGCGAUUAUUUGAUGAAGCUUUUAUGAAAAAGAUCAUUGUCACUCUCCCGUAUUGACAACUCCCACUUUCCAUUGUUUUCAGACUAACCUUAAAUUUGUAAAUGUAAAUUGCGUUUCGCAGCUUAUAAACAGUUUGUCUCAGCUGUUUACAUUGCGACCAAGGUGGUUUAAAGUGCUCCAAAUUAUACUAUUCUCACACCACGCCACUCUGGCCGAAGCUUUCAUUACUUUAGUCAGUGCGAUUGUUGCUUUGUGUUAAGGACGUGGUUAAGUCGCUUGGAAUCGGCGUCUCCUGCUGAAGGUUUCGAGAUCAUGACAGUAUUCAUAGCCGAAGGGCCCUCACUGUGAUUUCCCUGCAUCAAGGACCAAAUUAUGUUGAUUUUUUCGGACGUAAUCUUCAGGUACGAAAGCCGGCGUUAGUUUCGAAGUUGCGUCGGCGUUUCUGGUUGCUGUUGAGAGCAGAGUGACUGGAGAUGGAGAACGAAUCGACAGAUUCUAAGGAGGACGAUUCGUCGAAGCAAUGUCAGAAAUUCGGGCAAGAAACAAUUACUACGGCUAAAAAGAUUUUAGACACGGUUGACAAGGACCUAGUCGUUCCGAAGUUGUCUUUCUUCUUCUUCUUCAUGGCAACCGGCGCUUUCUUACCGUAUCUUGGUGUGUUCUACAAGCAGCUUUGGCUCACCGCUCGUCAGUCUGGGAUUCUGCUCGGGAUUCGUCCAUUUGUCAAGAUGUUAUGCUCUCCUCUCUGGGGAAUGGUCACGGAUGUCUGCAAUAAACCCAAGCUUAUUCUCCUCGUCUCUAUUUUAGGAACAACUGUGGCCCAUUUCUCCCAGAGCGUAGUUUCACCGUUUCAUCUGCCGUGCUAUCCAGAGAUGAACAGGACGAACUUCAGCUAUGCCAGGGCAAAAUUUCUUGCAGGGUACGCUUCCGACCGCUCUUCGCGACAAAGCGGUUUUCCAGCCGUUAAAACGCAUUUGCAAAACGGAUCUUCCCUCAGGAGUGAACAAGGACAAGGAAAAGCAAAUAUUUUACAUUUUGAGAAUGACGACAACACAGUUUCUCGAAACUCGAGUGCGGCAGGAAAAUUACAAGGAAAUACAAAUUAUAAGUACGAAGAAGAUUUCAGGAAGGACGCAGGGCAAAGUUAUAACCCGGACGGGGUUGUUGCCGCUCAAGAUAGAAGCAUCGAAGAUCUAGGGACCGAGCCAAGACAUGAAGAUAAACCACGAGAAACCAGUGAAGCAAAAACUAAAAUAUUGACAAAAAACAAAAAGCGCAAAAAUCCAAACAUGAAGAAUGAUUUCCGCGUGAAGGACAACCAAACGAUUUUCGUGACUUUGCUCGUGAUUGUGUUUCUGGGGGAAUUUAUCGCUGCGCCAGCUCCCAUGUUGACGGACAGUGGUACUCUUGGUAUCUUGAGUGGACGAGAGCACCAAUAUGGCCGGCAAAGACUUUUUGGGUCUAUAGGCUGGGGAAUCGGCUCACUAUUGUCAGGGGCAGUAGUCACAGCUUUCAACUCGUGCCCAUUUGAAGACAGCAUCAACUAUGUGCCGUGUUUCUACGUGUUUGCCGCCUCCAUGAUCUUCGACUUCUUCGUGGCGUUCUUCUUCAAGUUCCCCUCAGCGCCACCGAAACACGAAACUGCGAACGCGGAGAACGAGUUCUGGAAAGGACUGAAGAUAUUUUGUAACCUGAAGAACGGAGCUUUUAUCUUCACCCUGCUGUUUCUAGGCUUCUCUCACAGCCUUCAGCUUUCAUUCCUGUUUUGGUUUCUUCAAGACAUUGGCGGGACACCCAUUCUCUUCACUCUCAUUGUUGCUGUGAAUUGCCUUUCCGAGGUGGUGAUGUUUUUCAUGGCGACCUACUUUGUGCAGAAGAUUGGCCACGAUGCCGUCCUUUACACAGGUCUAGGCUGCUAUGGGUUGAGAUUUUUGCUGUACUCGUAUCUUCAGGAGCCCUGGUGGGUUUUGCCCUUGGAAGCUCUACAAGGCUUUACCUAUGGAGGAGUUUGGACGGCGAGUGUGGCAUACGUUGGGCCCCAGCCAGGUUCCGGAGCAACAAUUCAAGGUAUAAUCCACGGGGUGUACUGGGGUCUAGGUAUGGCAGUGGGUGGAGUCAUCGGUGGAAUGAUGGUUCAUGAAAUUGGUGCGCGUCUGACAUUUCGCCUUGAAGCGGCUUUCUCUUUCGCAAUCCUUGUUCUAUUCUUCGCCGUCAACAACGUCCAUGAAAAAAGCACUCGUUAUUCUCAGAUUCCGUCAGAACCUCAGGAAACUUUGGAUGACCAUGACGGAGCCGCGGGCCAAGAAUUAGAAAGUACAAUGGGUACUAAAUGAAGUAAUGUUUAGACCUAAUUUUAUUUCUUAACGGUCUCAAUAAUUCUCAAGCGGGGAAAAGUUUAUUUUUUAUUGCUUUUAUUAUAUGUACAGUUGCCCCGAAGCAGAUUUUAUUUAUUGCGGAUUUGGGAAAUGUAUUGGUUUCAAAGCCAUCUUUGUCACAAAGUGACUUACAAUUAUUCAAUAUAAAUGGGUAAUAAUAAUUAAUUUUCGUUUCCCAACCCGACUAAAGUUUAAAAAAAAUUGAAAUUGUACAGAUCGAUAAAGUAAGACAUUUAGCUGAGUGUAGUUUGACCUUCCUUUUUAGAUACACUUGGUCGGUCAUUGCUUAGACUAUAAUAUGACUAUGACUAUGGUCACUCCUUAGACUAUGAUCACCAAACCUUAGACACAAACCAUUAUUUAGCUACACUUUUUUUUAAACCAAAGAAGACCUGUCUACUAUUCACACUUGUGAAUAAUGUGAAUACCGUAAACUGCCGCUUGUAAGCCCUAGGCUUUAAUAACUUCGUAAGGGCUUUUGGAUGGGCUUAUAAAUGGAGGGGUGUAUAUCCGGGGAUGCUUAUAAGUGGAAUAAAGAAAACCGUUUUGAUAUAUAAGCUAAAGAGGAGUUGAUCGAAAUACGAUUUUAUUGGAGUGGUUUCAGUUUUGGCUUUAAAACAUCAUAACAAAUCGAUUCAUUUCACUUUAAUUUAAACUAGAGGGAGAUAUCCGGGGAAGCUCAUGAUCGGAUGUAAUAUUUUGUUUACAGGUAGAUUGGGCCUAUAACUGCAGGGGCUUAUAAAAGGCACGAGUUGUAAGCGCAGUUUACGGUAUUUGCGGGUAUCACGCUUCGCAUGUAUGAAGCACUGUAAAGAAUCAAGCAUUAUUUUGAAUCACGUUUAUUUUUGUAUGCCACUGUUGAUCAGGGGCGAGUUUGUUCAAGCUAAAUGAAUGUAAUGUAGAAUUGAUGUUCCAAUCAUAGUGAAACUUGUCUAUAAGAUGACUAUAGAGUGUGGUGAACCUUGGGUGGCUCGUAAUCAACAAGAGAUUGCCUUUGGUGCUUGAAAUCGUUUUUUAUUCUUUUUUCGGCGAAGGGGGCUUGUGCAAUUGUAACAGCCUCUCUCGGCAGUCCUUUCCGGAUGCAAACUGAUAAGCCACUGCACUAGAUGAGAUAGUUUGUUUUUAAUAGGGUGCCAGUGCAUCAGUUGGGUAUUUAAAUGUUAAUUAUUUAUGUGAAGAUAUUUAAAAAGUAAAAAUAGCCGUGUUGGCUACAUUUGAUUCUACUAAGGUUCGAGAAUGGAAAAUGGAGUUAGCAUAAAUUUCGAUGUAAAAAUUACAACACUGUGAGCUGCAAAACGACAGAUGCUAUCGACCAAAUUGAACCAACAUGUAGUGGGUCACUGAAUUUCUCUUUGACAAGUUAGUAAAUGGUGAAAAUUAAAUCCUGGGUUUGUAGGUAAUAACGUUGAAAAGGAGAUUAUUUUUAAGUCGCCUUUAUACAGCCAUACCCUGCUGGACAGGUGCGUUGUUUUAACACGAUGUGUUUCAGUAGAAUGGUGAGUAAACUAACUUUUAGCGCGCAAGUGAAGGAUUUUGCCUUGUAAUUUGGGACGUAACUUCACCGUCAGCAGGUCCAAAACUUCGCUAUCGACUUGAGGAAUUAUUGAAUCGGUAUAUCAGCUUACCUAAUUCUGUUUACAAAUGAAGGUCUCUCAGCAGUUGCAACAUUGCGGAUUUUUGCGCGCAAUGUUUUUUAAAUGUGUAGACGCCAUCUAAACAUGUUCUCAAUAGCUUAACUGAACUACUAGUCACUCCCAACCUCCAAUAUCUUCAUAAAAGACAUCCAAUCGAUUGCAUGGCCAAUCCCUUGACAAAACACGACGAUCAGUUAGGGUAUUCUAAUUCAUUAGAAUUUCAGUACCUUAAAAGAUACUAAAACUCUACGAUUUAUUCCUCUGGGCUACUUCCCUACUUUACUUCUAUCAGUUUAAGUGGCAUGCCUGUGAACUAGCUUGGUUUAGCUAAGCGCAUUGACCACUAUAAACAACAACAUUUGAACUUUUUCUUUCUGAACUGUUGCGAGCAAUGCUGUCUGCAAUCUUGCAGCGCCCGGUGUGCCCAGAUAAUUAACCGAGCCAAAUUAAAUCUAUUGAAGACGACAGCGGUAUUGUUGGAGAUUUGUCAAGUUAUCAGAAUUUUUAUGCACGUUGUUUUAAAACAAAUAGAUAUACACUUCUAUUAAUGCUAGUGAACAAUAAAGUCUUCUUUCUCGGUGAACAAUGUCUGAUUUGUGCCAUACACCACAUUGCCCCUCACAAUAAGUUAACAAUUAAUGAAGCUCUGUUUUUUUCCUGCAUUUUAAGGGAUUUGGAGCUUGGACUCCACCAAGCUAUUUGAGGAGGGGGAGACAAAGUUCAAAUCAUUGCCACCAUAACUAAGUACGUCCAAUCCUCGGUAUUGGGUAUACACGAAGAAACAGGGAUGCAGAUUAUAAAGGCAAAACUUGGGUGGCAGAGAAGAAAGGAGAGCGUCGGUUAGUUUGUAACAUAUACCAUAGCCUAGAACAGGGGUGCCGUUCUCAAGGGAUGACAAUAGGUCAGACAAUACGAUAGUAGCAUCCUGGAGAGAUCUGCACCUAUCACCGAGGGUAGCCAUAGCACUUUCUGCGGGGAGAAGUACAGCCUGGGAAGCACCCUGAAACCAGAACCUUAUUUACCAGGCAACUAAAAUAAACUAAAAGUAAAAACUAAGAACAAUGGUUGUGAUGCAGAUAAAAACGUUGCAUUAAUUAUUAGUGAAAAGUGAUCUGCAUUUUGAUGAAGGUUCUGGGUCCAAUAUCAUUGUAUGGAAGGGCGAAAUAGGAGAGAGCUAUCAGUUGAGGGAGGGAGGGAAGCAGAGAACAACUUAGCUUGACAAGACAGGGUCAGAAACAACGGGUGAUUGGCAUAGAGUUGAGGUGAGGCAGAGCAUGUCAUGAUCAUAUGGAAGCAUGAAGGGGAAAACUGCACGGAGCUUUGUCAGUCAUACGAGUUUCUAUUCAACAGAUAGACUCCAUGUUGCCGUGCGACUGUUCAGUAAUAGAUCACAGAUGACGUCAAAAUAUGGUAAGAACGAAAAUAUUCUUACCACACUUUGACAUCUUCUAUGAUCUAUUACAGAAUUUAUAUAAUAAAGAAAAAACUUUUAACGACGUCAUCUAAGCAUCUCAUAACAUUUCUUGAGACUAUUUUUUGUUUGAGUUUAAGGUGUUAUUAUUUCAGUUGAGAUUCGUCUUUCAAUUUCCAUAGAGUUCGAAACUUUGUUAACGUAUGUUUUAUGGAUAAGGCCCCGGGCGUGCACACAAACGUUUCGUUUCACAACGCACUCAUUUCGAUGCGUUUUCGACUACCGUCUCACCACAACGAACGAAAACGUUCCUCGUUUCAGUGAUCGAAAACGCACACCGUAUGGUUUCAAACCUCUGUCCAGAGUAGAGACAUUUGAAAAAGGAACCCAUCGUACUGUGUUGACUCGGAAAACGGGGGCUUCCGAAAACGUUAACGCAAUUCGCAAUUCGUCAACGCAAUUCGUUUUACAUGCGCAUGCGCAAAACAUGUUUGCAGUGUUCUACGUUCUCGAGCGUUCAGUGUGAACGGGACGCCAA